AUGGGCGUCAGCCUCACUCAAUCCUACCACUCACACAACCCCUUCGGGAUGGAGGUGGGCCGGGGAGGGGGCGAUGGCACCUCCCGCCCCGCCCUCCUUCGGGCGCCCUCUUUGCGCUGGGUCUUGGAAAGAACAAGAGGAACCCUGGGACUCCUCAUCAGCUGCUUUGCCUCAAGAAGUGCGUCCCAGAUUCAAGAUGAAUUUUCUCCCACUCUCUUUUAUGGAUCCAUGACCGUUUACGUCAUUGCUUUGCCCAUCCUCGCGAUGCUCAGGGCGCCAUCACGACAGGAGUCGUCCAGACUUGAAGGAAGGAUCCUGGAGGAACAUCUGAUCCCUUCUCCAUCGCUCCGGGUGAUAAGGCUCUUCAAUCUGAUCAGGUCGGAGUUGGGAUUCUUUUUUCGUCACGUGACUUCCCCGCUGCAGCCCAGCCUGCGCAUGCUCGGUGGGGUGGUUCUCACCGUUUCCACGUUCACGACUAUUCACAUUCCUGUCCUCGCAGAAUGCAUUAGCUUUAAACAUGGACUGGUUCGAGACCAUGUUCUGGAGACUCGGGCAAUCUGUCGGGGCGUCCAGGAGACCCGAGUCUGGUCGAAGGUGAAGACUUUCUGCACGGCUCCCGUAUCGAGAUCGAGUUUCUGCGACAUCAUGGACAGGACUUUAUCGUACGACACUGCCGUCUUCCGGUUCAGCAAGAACUUGAAGACGGACCGUGGCCUCGAGACGGAAUUCCUCACGACGAAGAUGAACUUCGGUCGAACGAACUCUGCCGUCCCGUCGAUCCUCUUGGAAGCCCUCGGCUCGUCUCCUGCCGCGGCGACACUGCGACUCUUGGCGUAA